AUGCUUUGUGCAGUUUGCGGGCGCGCCGCACGUGGCCGUUGCUCGCUGUGUGGGUCUGCCUACUACUGCAGUGAGACCUGUCAGCUGCUGGAUUGGUUCGAGGAUCAUGCCGCGCACUGCAGGGCCCAGGAGGAGGGAUCACGAGACGAUGGAGCUGCUUGGGAGCCCCCCGAGACGCCUCCAAGAACUCCAACGGUCAGGCCAGCGGUCGCCGCUGACGAUGUUCGCCCACCCGAGGCAGAUGCAGCCGUGGAGCGUUGGAGGCAGUCACUGUCGGGGCUGGCGGAAGAGCUUUUCGACGAAGAUGACUUGGAGGACCUGGCAGACUUGGAAGUCCUGUUGGUCAGUGCAGAGGAGAUGACUGGCAGUGGAAGGCCCCGCUGCGAGUUGGCUUCUUUUGGUCCCCGGCCGGUGCUUCUGACAGCGCCGCACUGCCUGGCAUUGCUACGUGAUGGGCAGUCGCCGCACCUCGUGGAGAAGCACACGGUUGAAAUUGCCACGGGCAUCGCGCGGCACCUCGAGGGCAGCUGCCUGGCCUGGUCAGCGCUGGAGCGCCGGCGCACCGAGCUCCUGUGGAGGCUCUCAAAGCGAGUGAACGAGGAGCGCGGCCGCUUGGACAUUCGCAACGGGCACCUUCUGGACCCUCGAAAUCGUGAUCCGAACUUUCUGGCCACAUCUGAGCUACAAACGAACAGCUGGUUUCAACAGAUGCUGCGUGCAUCACAAGCCUGGAGCUUCAAGUUCGGCCCAGAUUUGGAAGCACUUCAUGUUGAUGUUCAUGGGUGCCAGGAUCCGCCGAACACUCCGUCGCACCUCACUGUUGGACUAGGCGCCAUGUGUUUCCACGCCAGUGACUUGGGCGACACGGACGGCUACGAGAAUGCCAUGUGCUUUGGCCACGCGCUUUGCAAAGAGCUUGGCCAGGUUUUGGCAAAGGCCGAGGCCCUGCAAGCCUUGAGACCACGGGCGGCGCUGGUGCGCCUGGCGGCUCCAGGACCUGAGGACGAUCACUGCCCACGGUUUUCUGGGGCUUGGCGCGGCGGCCGGCACACACAGUCGCAGCAGGCGAUCCUCGCGAACUUCACACACGCAGUGCAGCUGGAGCUCUCCAAGGCGCUCCGGGGCAUCCUGGCCACCGACGAGGUGCUCCUUUCCGGCUUUGCGAGCGCCUUGCGAGCGGCCUGGGUCCAGGCGAAGUCUGCAAAGGCUGCGGCCGCGUGUUGCUGUGCCGCGAAAGACGAAGGCGUCGAAGUGACCGCCUAUGCGAUCGGAGAGCGCUUCCAGGGAUCCACACAAAAGCAGUAUGCGAUCUGCAUACGAAAGAAAGAGCAGCUCGAUCAACUCGGCAUGGAUGUGAAGCACCGGCUGGGCCGCCUGGUCGUGGUGGCCAUCCGCCGGGGUGGGGCGGUGGAUCGUGCAAAUCUGGUGGCUGCGCAACUGUGCUGCAGAUGUGUGGCGCAAUGUCUGUACCACCAGGUCAACGAUGUGAUCGUGGACAUAAAUGGUGCCACCUUGGACACGGGCAUGGUCGCAGAGUGCAAGUCUGCGCUGGUGUUGAAUGUCAAGUUCCUGAGAAGGGAACACUUCAGGCCUGGGGCUGCAAGUCAAGAGAGGAUUCUGCCAACACGAAGCUAA